AUGACUUCAAGGGAUGUUGUUGAAGAAGAAAACCAAGAUGUAAAGGAGAAGAAGAUACCGACUGAAAUUGGCAAUCUCACUGCAAUCACUCGCCCUGUUACAAGAAGUUUUCGUGCACAAUUGAUCACCAAUGCAAUACCUGAAAACCAAAAGAAACCAAUGGCAGUGAAUGUAAAUAAGUUAAAAGCUACAAUAAUCAAGACAAAACCACCACCGGUGCCACAAAAUGCAACCGUGAUCGAGAUCAGUCCAGACACCAAAGAAUUGAAGAAACCUAAGUCUUGGUCUUCACAAAACAAGUCGCCUCAAUCGUCACUCACUUCAACACUGACUGCCCGGAGCAAGGCUGCUCGUUGCCCGAAACAACCAAAUGUUGUCGAUAUUGAUGCUCAAGAUGUUGAUAAUGAACUGGCUGCAGUUGAGUAUGUUGAUGACAUAUACAAAUUCUACAAACUUGUUGAGAGAAUUAAGUAUGCGAAACAAGAUGUUUUGGUGAUGGAGAAACGGAUUUUGAGUCAAUUGGAAUGGAGUUUAACAGUUCCCACGCCGUAUGUAUUUCUCACGAGGUUAAUCAAAGCCGCCGCAGCCAUAACCCCACUUGAGAUUGAAGGGCCAUUUUGUAAUUUGAUUAUGAUGUUUGGAAUAUUUGGAAUACAAACAAGGGAGCAGAUGGUUUAUUUUUAUGCUGAAUUGGGAAUGAUGAAUUACCAGAUCAUCAUAAGAUUUUGUCCGUCUUUGGUCGUUACGUUAGCGGUUUAUGUUGCACGCAACGCACGUAACAAAAACCCUGUUUCGCAUAAAACACUUGAAAUGCACACAGGGUUUACAGAAACACAACUGAUGGAAUGCGUGAAGAUGUUGGUGGUGUCAUCUAAUAGUGAAGGAUGGCGAGAAGCAGAAGGCAAUAUAUAA